UGGAGACGUGUUGUGUGUUCUAGCUUUUAACUGGGAAUUUUUGAAUCCCUCUUUUGUUGCACUGCUGGACAAACAAGAUUUUUCUCUGUGGUGGAAGUUAAUCUCGGAAACAGAAGACAGCUUCAAUGGUGAGCCAGGGUGGAAUACGGAUGGAACGAGGUUAUAUUUUUGGGUUCUGUUGCCUGGUUCUGUUGGAUCCUGGACAGGUUUGGACUGGAGCUCCCAAGACCCAGAAACCUGGGUUGGAAAUGCAGAUGAAUGGCAAUACCAGCUCAGUUCCUACCUCGGAGGAUGCUGCUAUGAACCCCACCGAGGCCAUCCCUGGGGGCGAUCAGUGCCGUGGUUACUAUGAUGUUAUGGGUCAGUGGGACCCUCCAUUUAAUUGCAAUUCAGGGGUCUACAAGUUCUGCUGUGGGACCUGUGGGUACCGUUUCUGCUGCCAGUUCACAACUGGGCGACUGGACCAAAGUGGCUGUUCCAAUUACGGCACACCACAAUGGAUCAGCAUAGACCAACCGCCACAUCGAGUGGAUGAGACCCCUGAGAAUCCAACCAGGGACAAGACCAACAUGAUUGUAUACAUUAUAUGUGGCGUGGUGGCCAUCAUGGUGCUGGUGGGCAUCUUCACCAGGUUGGGGCUCGAGAAGUCACAGAGCCCUCAGGCAGAGAUGACCAUAUCCAGAACACUCACCGAUCUGCUGAAGCAGCCAGGUCAUGGCACGUCUGAUCUCUUGCCUGAUGGCCACAUUGGCAGCGUGCAGGUCCAGAUUGGCGAUGGGCUUUCUCGAGGAUCUCCCAGGAGUAGCAAAGACAAGAAUCAUCUGAACAAUGCUGUGGUUAAUCCUGCCACUGCCCCACAGAUUGGACUGCCACAUCCACACAACAACUGGUUGCAAAUGGCCAGCAGCACUAUGCCGCACAAGGCACCUGACUAUGCCAAAUACGCGACUCUCAAGGCUGUAGAAAGCGCUCCUGAAGAAUUCUACAAGCACUUCCCCAUGGUGGACAUGCCACCGUCAGGCACUCUGUCCUUCCCUCCCUUGACACUACGUCAGAAAGACAUCCCAUCUCUCCAAGACGGCUGUGCGAUGAUUGGCUUGGCAACGCCAGGGCAGAAGGCUAAAGUGAUGAAGACCAAUGCCCACACUCUAGCAGGCAGCCCAGGCUUCAAAAAUGGCUGGGAGCACAGCCAUCCUGACCAUCGGCGACAGGCCUACACCACCAAGCGUCAGUUCAGCGUUGAGAAGCUGCCUGAGGUAUUCGGCCAGACACCUACCCACUACAGCCAGCAACAACGAUCCUUUCCCACCAACAGCAAGACUGAGGUCACUGUCUAGAACAGGGGUGCUUUUUGUUCUUGUAUUUUCCCCAUUACUUUGAAAUAUUCUAGCAGCCUGGGAGGUGGGGACGUUCUUGCCAAACUAGAACACCUGUUGUUGACAUAUCAGAGUAAUUCCCCCACUGGCACUGCUAGGUUUUGUGAGGGAGCAAGGGAAAGUGUAAAGCAAGAAGAGUGGCCAGCAGUACGACUGAGCCAUCCGCGGCUCCUGCCAGAACUUUCCCAUUUGGUGCGGCCCUCUGUUUUCUGUGUCCUGACAGAACUGGGUCAGCAUGCAUGGUGAAACCAGCAUGCAUGUUGCUCUGUGAUUUGAUGCACGGCCGUUGUUUCUUGUUCACCUUUUCAUUACAUCAUACAUAGACACCAAAAUGGUCAGUGUCAACAGGAAACCUGAGGGACCCCCAUUGUUGCAAUAAAAGGGGAAAUAAAGGAAGGAAGGAAGACCAGCAGUGCCGAGACCCAGGACAGGACAAACUCUUGCAAUAAUUAACCACCCACUACAUUGCAUUUGCACAUUUGCCCAGUAUUACAUUUCAUUUACUGUGCUUAAGUACAUGCAAAAAAAAAAAAAAGGUUGGGGGGAGGGGGGAAUAACCUAACACUCAAAGUAGAGCCACAGUGUACAA